AAAAAAUAACUUUUUAGAAUGUAUUUUUUCUGUCAACUUUCAUUUAACACUCCAGUCCAGUUGGUGGCAGUAAUGCGCUUUCAUAGUCGGUCAAGCACCCGCCAUUAAACUCCAGAGGAAGAUUUGCACCGGCUACUGCUAAACCCAACAUGAACGAAAAUGCCCGUGCGUUGUGUGAAAUGGUGGAAAAAGUCCUAUUUCACGGAGUUACCUUUUCAGUAUCGUUUUGAUAUUAAGCAAUGUUCCGGCGGAAAACAACAGAUGACACCGCGGCGGUCCAACAAGGCCGAACUCACGACCUGAAAAAUGGCCAAGCCUCAACAACCAGGCCUCAGACCAUGGUGCCGAGGUGCUCUUACGGAGUCCACCAGGACGAAGAGAAAUUCAUACAGCAAGGCAGAGUGUGGAAAGCAGUAGACAACAUGGCGGACGGAGGACGGAUAUGGGGACGGAGCCAUGAAGCCGACACUCCACAGAAUGGGAGUCACAUUUGUGUCAAUCAGAAUCUUCAGGAACGUCCUGAUGUCCGUGAUGAGGACUGUGUCUACAUCCAGGACCUACUGCCAGUCAUCCAGAUGUUGGUCAAGAAAGAAGCAGGCCAGGUGACCCUUUUGAGGUUUGAAGGAGGGCGAGCAAGUGAAAUCCAGCCAGGACGUCCAUACUGGUCAGGCAUGCUUCAACCAUGGCAUUUUACAGGUUCGCAACCCAAGGCUACAACCCGGAUCGCCAAGACAGAAGGAGGAAACACACUCAUCUCAUUAUGCAAGGGCGAUCCAAAGACAUCGGUAAGUUCAUGGCAGGACCAAUGAGCUGAGAGUAGCAGCAAAGCAGGCACACUGACUGGCUGUUUGAUGUCCCACCUGUGGUUUUGAUGGGUAACGAAUACAAAAUGUCUCAUGCUUGAUUUCCGUUGGGUGCUCUGUGCAUUCACCGUUUAUUCCCCGAUCCACACUUCCUCCUCUGUUGCUCAGCUCCUUAGAAGACCCGUCCCGUCAGAUAGCGUGAUUGCUGUAGCUGACGUAUGUCGUCUUAGUUGACGAAGCUGCAAGAGAAGGAGAAACAUUAAACUAAAGUAUUAAGAUCAUUAGCAAUGUCAUCACGUUCGCACAUCACCCGAGUUGUGGAGGCUUCGACGAGUGCAGCGUCUCGUGUCCCCCUCAAGCAUUCUCUGCUAAAUGUCAAAGUCUGUGCAGCACCACAGGUGCCUAACCAAUAUGUUAUUAUACAUUCAUACACAUAAUUUUCCUUGUUACAAAAUAAAACAGUCUUAUAUUCAACAGCCUUUGCACUAAGAUCCUAAAUCAAAUUUGUUACAAC